AUGUCUCCAGCCCUCGUCGCUGCUAACAAAAGUGCCAUCAAACGGGGUGGUGCGGAGACUGGCCGAAUUAAUCCCUACCUCUGGGUUUUGGACGGCCUGGUGUCAGCCAUCACCAAAACGGCUUAUAGGGGACCUGAGAAUUCCAGCGUCCAGUUAAAGAAAUAUAUGAUGCGAUGGUUGAAGAUCAACCUACGGAAACUUGGCAAGAAAUACAAAAAGUAUAACGGCGUUCCAAAAGUGGACACGAAGGUCCUCGGUCAAUCUUUGAGGCAGGAGGGCCCAAACCCAAGAGUGUCCGCUGCGGAUCUACAUUUUGCGACAGUUCAGGCGCUCCCAGGCUUCAUUCAGCACACUUUAUAUGCGAAUGAUCAGAACGCAGACUGCCAGUCAGGUAGGUGCACCUUAACUCCUCAUAUGCAUACCAGACUACUACGCUGUCAAGGGCGAACGUUGCCUUCAAAGGGAAGAUUUGAUGGACGUCGAAGUACUCAGGUCCCAUCACCUGCGCAAUCAGCGCAGUCGCCGCGUAAGUCGCCUGACACUGACUUUUCAUCCACUUGUCUGUUUCUAGAUAUCACAGCCCAGUAUGAGCACUGCAGUGCAAGUUGUCCGAAACGUGAAUAACCAGAUUCGUCCCGUUGUCACCAACUUCCAUCGGACCUUCGCAAAUGCCUUUUGUGAAAUGCAGACUGCUGAGUUGAAAGGGUGCGCAGGUCGACUUUGGUGUUUAUUCGACUGUGUAGACAGACAGCGAAGCACUGCUAACGAGAACUGUCUUGUUAUCCUGUAG